GGGUGAGGAAAGAUGGCCGUUGUUGAGUCUGUUGUCAAGAUCCUUCUCCAAAAGCUCGCUGACCCGCUCAUUCAAGAAGCCAUCUUCUUAAAUGGGGUUCGUGAUCAAGUUGAGUGACUCGAGGUAGAAUUUACGCAGAUGCAAUGCUUCCUAAAAGACGCAGAUGCCAAACAAGAAGGAGAUGAAAGAGUGAAAAGCUGGGUGCGGAAUGUGAGAGAUGUCGCAUACUAUGCUGAGGACGUCAUCGACACCUUCGUCUUCAAGAUAUCACCUUCGAGGCAAAGAGGACGCAUUAGAAGGUACGUUUUCAUCUUCAAUGAGUUGAUAGCUCUCCAUAAGGUGGGCUUGGAGAUCGAACGGAUAAAGAAUAAAAUCCAUAUGAUCUCUGAAAGUCGGUUGGCUUAUGGAAUUGAAAAUAUAGGCCAGGGAGCAUUGACGAGCUCCUCCAGUCUAAGCCUCCAAGACUGGAGGCUCACUUCUCCUCUUGCUCAAGAACCAGAUUUUGUUGGCUUUGAAAAAGAUUUGGAGAUACUGGUGGACCGAUUGAUAGAGGGAGAGCGCCGUUGUGUUGUUUCUGUAGUUGGAAUGGGUGGUCUCGGUAAGGCCACUCUUACCAAGAAUGUUUAUAACGACAGCCGUGUUAAGACACAUUUUGACUCUUGCGCAUGGAUCUCUGUAUCGCAAGAGUAUGGUGUGAGAGAUCUUCUUCAGAACAUCAUAAAUUGCUAUAUGGUGCUCUCAGAAGAAGAGCUCAAGAAGGUGGAGAAAAUGAACGUCUUUCAGCUGAGGCAUAAAAUUUCUGAGUAUUUGCAAGAGAAGAGAUACCUGAUGGUAUUAGAUGAUACCUGGACAAUCGAAGCAUGGGAUUCUCUCAAGGAUGCUUUCCCGGAUAUGAAGAAUGGAAGCAGGGUCAUGAUCACCACGCGCAACAAAGAUGUUGCUUUACAUGCUGAUGCACGAAGCACGCCGUAUGAAUUGCAAUUUUUAGGAACAAAUGAGUGCUGGGAAUUGUUGUGUAGGAAAACAUUCCCAGGACAAGAUACUGGUUGCCCUCAGGAUUUGGAGCAGUUAGGAAGAGAGAUUGUGGCAAAAUGCCAUGGUCUACCUCUUGCAAUUGUAGUCAUUGGAGGGCUCUUUUCCAGGAAAGAACCAUGGGAGUGGGAAACUGUACACAAGAGCAUUAGCUGGCAAUUUGUUGAAGGACAACCCCAAAUCUCUAGAAUAUUCUCUUUGAGUUAUAGAAAUCUUCCCUAUUACUUGAAACCACGUUUUCUUUACUUGGGCAUUUUUCCAGAAGACUAUGAGUUCCGGGCUAAGAAACUGAUUCAAUUGUGGGCCGCAGAAGGGUUAUUGCAGCAGAGAGGAAAUGAAACGCUAGAAGAGGUGGGAAAUGAUUGUCUAAAAGAGUUGAUUCAGCGAAGUAUGAUUCAACUUGUGAAAAGAAGAUCAAGUGGAGGUAUUAAAAGUUGCCGUAUUCAUGAUCUUUUGCGGGAUCUUUCCAUAUCAGAAGCAAAGGAAGAUAAGCUUCUCCAAGUUCAUCAUGAGAAUAUGAAUGCUUUCUCCACAUCUACAGCCUGUCGACUCGCAAUUCACCAUAAUGUGUUAAGAGAGUACACUUCCUUAAAAUCUUCCACUCCACGCCUUCGAUCUGUGUUCAUCUACACCCAAGUCAUUGAUAGGCUCGAAGGUAAACAAGAGAAAUUUCUUUAUAGAGGCUUUAAAUUGCUCAGGGUGUUAGAUCUACACAAUGUAGGGAUAAAAAAGCUACCGAAUGAGAUAGGUGUACUGAUUCACUUAAGAUACUUCGGGUGUACCAAGACUAAUUUAGAAAGACUCCCAUACUCAAUAGGCAAUCUUCACAAUUUACAAAUCCUAACUGUAACAACUUAUAACUACGUCCUCAUCAUACCCAGUGCAGUGGAGAAGAUGCAACAGUUAAGACAUGUCCAAGUGAAAAGCCUAUAUGGAGGUUACGGUGUGAUAGAAGGGCACCCACACCUCGACCAGAUAAUUAACCUCCAAACUCUAUCAUAUGUAAAGGCUGGCAAGUGGAUGUAUGCUUGCUUGGGAAUGCUCACCGAUCUUAGAAAACUAGGAAUAGAAUUCGAUUAUAUAGGAAGAGAAUAUGUUGAUAUAUUUUAUGAAUCCAUUGUCAAAUUGAACUGCUUGGAGUCGUUGAUGGUGAGGGGACGCCACUUACCGUCAAAAUUCCCUUUUAGAAGUCUUCUCAAGUUAAGUAAGUUGUUUUUGGAAGGAGAGUUGGAUAUGUUACCUGAGUAUACUGAGUUCCCCACAAACCUCACCAAGCUCACCUUGAAAUACUCCCGUUUAAAGCAAGACCCACUGGCUUCGUUGGAAAAGCUGAGAAACCUUCGCAUUCUCAGAGUAGAUGGUUCAUUCGCUGCAUUCACCAGAGUGGAGAUGGCUUGCUCUGCACAACAGUUUCCUCGACUUGAAUCCUUACAUCUUGAGCGGUUAUAUGGAUUAGAGGAGUGGAGAGUGGAGGAAGGGGCUAUGCCUAUUCUUUUACUUUUACGGAUUGAUAAAUCCCCACAAUGGAAGAAGCUUCCGGAAGGGCUGCAAUACGUGACUACACUCAAGAUACUGGAAUUCUGGAGCAUGCCUGAUGAAUUCAAGGAAAGGCUUAGAGAAGAUGGGGGAGAGGAUUGGCAUAAGAUUCAGCACGUUGGCACCGUCAACAUACACUACUAAGGAGUGAUUCUAAGCUACAUUGGAUAUUGAUUGAGGGAUUAGGAGAUUCAAUCUGUAAGCAU